UUGGCUCGAGUAAAUCUAAAUUUUUGGGUUUAUUAUGAGGAUGGCCAUAUGUACGAAGUCUUGGAGUUCUUGGGUAAAGGGACUUUUGGGCAGGUUGUGAAGGUGUGGAAGAAAGGUACGAGUGAGAUCGUAGCUAUCAAAAUUUUGAAAAAACGUCCUAGCUAUGCAAGGCAGGGACAAAUUGAGGUUUCGACGUUAUCGCGACUGAGCAACGAAAACGCAGAGGAGUUCAGUUUUGUGCGAGCUUUCGAAUUCUUAAAGCACAAACGUCACGCCAGCCUUGUUUUCGAAAUGCUCGAACACAACCUUUACGACUUCCUCAAGCAAAAUAAUUUCACCUCUCUACCUCUUAACAGUAUUCGUCCUAUCCUACAGCAGGUUCUUACAGCACUGCUUAGACUGAAGUCUCUCGGCUUGAUUCAUGUCGAUCUCAAGCUCGAAAACAUAUUGCUGGUCGAUCCUACUAAUCAGCCUUUUCGAGUGAAAGUAACCGAUUUUGGAUCGGCUCGUCACCGGAGUAAGGCCGUCACUAAUACUUACCUUCAGAGCAGAUGUUAUAGAGCACAAGACGGCAAGAUAUGGUGCAUCGGCAGUUCAACCAAGAACUCAAGUCAGGAAUUUAAUCUACUUACUGAUUGA